AUGGUAGUGAACACAAUAUACAUCGCAAGGCACGGAUAUAGGUCCAAUUGGCUCCCCGAAGGCCCAUACCCAGACCCACUUACAGGAAUUGACAGCGAUGUCCCUUUGGCAGAACAUGGCGUUCACCAGGCUAAAGAACUGGCGCAUUACCUCUUAUCAUUGGACAACCAACCAGAAGCAGUUUUCACUUCUCCGUUUUAUAGAUGUCUUCAAACAACACAGCCGGUAGCUAAAUUGUUAGAAAUUCCUGUUUAUUUAGAAAGAGGUAUUGGUGAAUGGUAUAGACCAGACAGGAAACCUGUCAUUCCAGUGCCAGCUGGUUAUGAGAUAUUAAGUAGAUUUUUCCCAGGUAUCAUCAGCUCAGAAUGGGAAUCCACUUUAAUACCUUGUGAAAAGGGUGAGACUGAGCAGGAGAUGUACGAAAGGUGUAAAACUUUUUGGCCUUUAUUCAUUGAACAUGUAGAAAAAGAGUAUCCAAACGUCGAAUGUAUUUUAUUGGUCACACAUGCUGCAUCAAAAAUUGCCCUUGGUAUGAGCUUGCUGGGGUUCGCUAAUCCACGAAUGUCAUUAGAUGAAAACGGUAAUAUAAUAAGAAGUGGUAGUUGCUCCUUAGAUAAAUAUGAAGUUCUCAGGAAAAGCUACGAUACUACAGGAGAAGUUGACAAUCAAGACCAAACCGCUUUGUCGUACAUUCCGUUUAGUGAUAGAAAAUGGGUUCUAACUAUGAAUGGAAACACUGAAUUUUUGAGUGGAGGCGAGGAAAUGAAUUGGAGUUUUGAUUGUGUUGUUGAGGCUGGAUCUGAUGCUGAUAUCAAAAGUAGACAAGAGACAAAGAAAACGAGUUCACCGGUACCAGAAAUGGGUGAAAAUCCCGAAUUGGAAACUGUCUACAUCAGCGUUGAUAUACCUAGCGACAGCUAUAAAGAGAAAACUGAAAUAAUGAAUAGCGCAAUUCUGCAAUAUUCCGGUUUAGACACUGAUGCUCCACUGUUCAGGAUUGGAGAUAAGCUGUAUGAGGGAAGUUGGGAGAGACUGGUUGGCACUGAACUUGCGUUCCCAAAUGCUGCACACAUACAUAAAAAAACAGUCAGCUUACUGGCAUCUACUGAAGGCAAUAAGUCUGUAACGAUUAAUCAAAAUACAGAGUUGUCUGCUAAUAGCGACUCAGACGCACCUAAACAGGAAAACGAUGCUACAGUACCGAAUUCAACUAACGAAGACGAUAAUCGCUUGGAAGAUAAAGAAAAAAUCCAACCCGAGAAGAUUUAUAGAAUAAAAGAACGAAUCGUACUAAGUAAUGUCCGCCCUAUGUAG